AUGCAAGUACCUUCAGCACCGCGCGAUCUUCCUCCGAACCUUGUCAGCGUUGCACAAGUUUUUCGCAGCCUGAUAGGCCGCAACCAUUCGCCGCAUCCAGAAAACUGGGUGCCUGGGCUGCAGCAUCCCUCUCUUCCCCCUCGCCCUGCUGCCUUUCCACCACCAGAUCCUACUGCUCCACCACUCCGGCCGUCUCAGUAUAAGCUGAACCCAUUUUUCAGACACUCGCGCUGGGGGCCGGGCACGAUCCACUGGGAUAUACGCGGGGAGCCGACGACUGUGUUCUUCAAGACGGAAAGCGAACGCACAGGUGAGCGGUGUUUGGUGCCGAUCGGUCUUUCCGACUUUGCACAACCGGCAACCCACCCACUUUGCACGUCGAUGCGUAUCGCGGCAGUCGCGGACGAUGCGGCGAAGACAUUCCCUUGGGUGGUAGAAGUGCACAACCCCUUGGGCGUACGGUGCGAGGACGUGUUCCGAGCGCUGUCGACUAAUUUCACGCAACAUAUCACACGGGAAGAAUGGGCUGGCUUGAAUGAGGAGCGUCAGGGGCGUGUGGCCAAUGCGUGGAAAGAGCGCUGUAGGAUCCGAGAUCAAAGGCUCGCGUUCGGACCCCGGGAGACUGUGCGCUGGGGCGCUGGGGCUGAUGCUCUAAGGAGAGUGGACUAUUUAGGAGAUCGAGUGCGGUUUAGGGGGCUGGAGCCACUCGGAGAUGGGGACGUCGAGGAGGGAUGGAUGAUGUUCGUCGGACCGCUCUGA